AUGUCUCCUCAGCCUAUAAUCUAUCGGUCGACCUACCCUCCGAAGCCCACAGUAAACACCUCCAUUUUCACGCACCUGUUUCGUGACUCGGAUGUGUACCCUCCAGCUAGGCCGGCAUUCAUCGAUGCAGCAACCGGCUGCUCUAUCACUAGAGGAGACUUGAAGAGGAACGUACUUGCACUCUCGGAUGGUCUCCGAAACCAACCGAUAGUCCCCGUCGAAGGUGGCAGACGACCACUCCGUCGGGGUGACGUCGUCAUGAUCCUCAGCCCUAAUUCUCUCUCUUGGCCUGUCGCCCUCUUCGGCGCCGUGGCAGCAGGCCUAGCCAUCACUCUGGCUAGCAGCAGCCUCACCCCGCGAGAACUUUCGUGGCAAUGGCUGGACAGCCGACCCCAGCUGCUGUUCGUUUCUCGUAGCCAUGUCGCCGUAGCAAGGGCAAUGUUUCAGAUCAUUGGCGUCAGUGAGGCUGAGGCAGAGAUGCGGACGUGGGUGAUGGAUGACAUCUGGUCUUCCACUCCUUCGAGAGCAACAACUGAUUGCAACUGGCUUGGAACUCUCUUCGGAGACCCUGGUGCAUCGGAGGAACGUUUCGAUGGAACUGGUGCGGAUGAGACGGUGUACAUUUGCUACAGCUCCGGAACAACUUCAUCCCAUCGCGGUGCUGGCUCUGUGAUCUCCAUGGCCUGGUCAGUCUUCGAGUCCAUCAAGAGGGCGAAUGAUGUUACACUUGCAAUUCUGCCCUUCUAUCACAUCUUUGGGCUUAUCGGGCAUUUGCACCACAGCUUCUAUAUCGGUGCUCCUACGGUGAUUAUGACCCAGGGCGAAACCGACUUACCGUUGCCACUCAUUGGAAUGGGCGGGGAGCACGCCCAGGUGAACGCGCUAUCACCAUGACGUUCCUAUGACGUCACUCCCUUACAAUCCU